GGGGCCCCGGCAGGCGAUUGUCCCUUGCGGGGCCCCGUCCCGAGGCGGCGACUAUCCCUGUCAACCGGAGCCUGAGAGAUCAUGGCAACGGGCUCGGGCGGGGAGCGCGUGGCGGCGGCGGCGGCGGCAGUUUGGUCGCGGGCCGGGACGGCGGAGCGGCGGCGGCGGCGGCGGCGGUGGCUGUGGCGCCGGCACCGGCCCUGAGCGUCAUGCGGCGCAGCAGCCCCGAGCAGGAGCGGGAGGCCGGGUGGGAAGCGGACGCGGCGGCCGAGUCGCUAGCGUCGGAGACAGAGGAGCAGCUGGGCUUGGACGCCGGCGCGGCCGGGGAGCCCGAGCGCCCGGAGCGGGAGGAGCAGCCCAAGGCCGUGGGCCGGGACCCGACCCCGGCGCGACGCCGCGCGCCCGAGGAAGGAGAUGCCCGCGUCCGGCGGCCGCCACCCGCGCUGCCCCUGGCCCCGCCGAGGCCGGCGGCGCGGGGUCUGAGCCAGCUCGUGAAGGCCCGGGGCCGGAGUCGGGGCCGGAGCUACCGGCGGAGCUCGGCCUCGGUGCGGCCGGUCACCGUGGACAGCUCCAAGGCACGCACCUCCCUGGACGCGCUGAAGAUCAGCCUUCGCCAGCUCAGGUGGAAGGAGUUCCCAUUUGGCCGGCGCUUGCCUUGUGACAUCUACUGGCAUGGAGUUUCAUUUCGCGACAGUGACAUACUCUCCGGUCAAGUGAACAAAUUUCCAGGCAUGACGGAGAUGGUUCGUAAAAUCACCUUGAGCAGAGCGCUGAGGAUCAUGCAGAACCUGUUUCCAGAAGAGUACAACUUCUACCCUCGCUCCUGGAUUCUGCCCGAAGAGUUCCAGCUCUUCGUCACUCAGGUCCAAACGGUGAAAGAUGGUGACCCUACCUGGAGGCCCACUUUUAUUGUGAAACCGGAUAGUGGUUGUCAGGGUGAUGGAAUCUACCUCAUUAAGGACCCCUGUGACAGCCGCCUGACUGGGACCCUCCAUAACAGGCCGGCGGUGGUCCAGGAGUACAUCCGCAAGCCUCUCCUUAUCGACAAACUCAAGUUCGACAUCCGUCUGUAUGUCUUGCUGAAGUCCUUGGACCCCUUAGAGAUUUAUAUAGCCAAGGAUGGACUCUCUAGGUUUUGUACAGAGCCAUAUCAAGAGCCUAACUCCCAGAAUCUGCACCACGUCUUUAUGCACUUGACCAACUACUCCCUGAAUAUCCACAGUGGCAAGUUCGUCCACUCUGACAGCGCCAACACAGGCAGCAAGAGGACUUUCUCUAGCAUUCUUUGUAGACUGUCUUCCAAAGGUGUGGACAUCAAGAAGGUCUGGUCUGAUAUCAUCUCCUUAGUUAUUAAGACUGUCAUCGCCCUGACCCCAGAGCUCAAAGUUUUCUACCAGUCAGACAUCCCAACAGGGAGGCCGGGGCCCACCUGCUUCCAGAUUCUAGGCUUUGACAUCCUUCUGAUGAAAAACCUGAAGCCUAUGCUACUUGAAGUGAAUGCGAACCCCAGCAUGAGAAUCGAGCAUGAAUACGAACUCUCUCCAGGGGUUUUUGAAAAUAUCCCCAGCCUGGUGGACGAAGAGGUGAAGGUGGCCGUGAUCAGGGACACGCUGCGCCUCAUGGACCCGCUGAAGAAGAGAAAGGAAAUCCAGUCUCAGCAGAUGGAAAAGCCUUUCGCUUCAAAGGAAGAUCUGAACUGUGAGCUGGCCGGCGACUCGGACCCCAACCCUGAAGCCCAUCUACCCUCCAUUUGCCUCAAGCAGGUGUUCCCCAAGUACGCCAAGCAGUUCAACUACCUGCGCCUCGUGGACAGGAUGGCCAAUUUGUUUAUCCGGUUCCUGGGAAUCAAGGGGACGAUGAAGUUGGGACCGACUGGCUUUCGGACCUUCAUAAGGAACUGCAAGCUGAGCAGCAGCAGUCUGUCCAUGGCAGCUGUGGACAUCCUGUACAUCGACAUCACGAGGAGGUGGAACUCGGUGACCGUGGACCAACGGGACACAGGGAUGUGUCUGCAGGCAUUUGUUGAAGCGUUCUUCUUCCUGGCCCAGAGGAAGUUCAAGCUGCAACCUCUCCAUGAGCAGGUGGCGUCCUUGAUUGACCUGUGUGAAUACCACCUGUCCCUGCUGGAUGAGAAACGCUUGCUGUGCCGUCGGGGCCGGCCUCACCAAAGAAAUCCGCCCCAGAUGAACCGCACAGCUCAUUCAGCCACGGGCAGCUCUGCACCCCGAGUAAUCGGGGCUAGCAAGCUCUCUCACUCCUGACACACUCUGUCCUGAAGGCCACUCUGUCCUGGAAGAAGGCGUGCCUGUGGGGGCUGAGUACCCUGGGCUCCCCCCACCUGUUGGGAGCUACUAGGGUUCCGGCUGCAAUCACCUGUGCGUCCUCUGUGGUCCGUAGGGCUUUUGCCUCAGACGGCCAACCCUUGCCUGCCCCCCACUCCCAGCACCUCAUGGUGACCCACCCUGUUUGGGAAUCAUCAGUGGACAUAGGACAUUCAAGAUGUGACAGAUGGCGCCUACUAUUCUGGGCUCCUGGGAAGCCCCGACUGGGGCAGUUUCUCCUGUGCUUGGGGCGGCAGGGGAACAGAGGGGGAGGAGGAGGGGAAGGACAGACCAUCCUAAGGCAGAGAGCUGUGGAUGUGGAGAACAGUCACGCCGGGGUCUGCUGGGGCCCUGAGAGCCUGCUGGUCAGAGCUUAGCAUCAUCGCAUGUCUUCCCUUCUGCCCAUUCCCUGAGACGACGUUAAAGUAUGAAGAAGGCGGGCACCUCCGAUCAUGUGCUGCACGGGUGUCCUUGACAGACUGACCUCACUGUUUUGUUAACUUGCCUGUUGCUGCAAUGUUUGAUUUAUUACUAAUCAAGAAUUAAUUACAAAAUAGCACAGUAAGGUUCUUCAGUCUUCCCGUCCACGUUCCAGGGGACCCCUGCAAAGGUGGGGGACUGACCCAAUGGCCAAGAGCCACUGUGCACCCAGCACUGUGCUGUCAGCCCUGAGUGAGGGGAGGGGUUUCUGAGGGGAGAGCAUAAGGCCCCCGUGAGAGCCGGGACAAGCAGGAGUGUGUGUAGAGCAGAACAACCAGUGUUCUCGGAUGUUUGCUUCCGAGGGGCAGAGGUGGCCUUGAUUCCGAGGGGCAGAGGUGACCUUGCUUCCUGCUCAACGGGACCCAAGUGGGUUCCACAGAAGUCCCGAAUGACAAGUGUGUGGGGACAUUCUGUAACGAGCCUCGAGCUGUACAGCUGUAGAAAGCUAUUAAA